AAGUCGGGAUGAGCCUAUAUGUGUGUUUUGGUUUGUAGCGUUCUUUCACUGUAGGCACAUCUUACAUGUGCUUCACGAGUUCAGCUUCAUUAACAUGGAGAAAGAACCAUUUAAAUUAAAGAGAAGUUCUUAGCAACUUUCACUUGCUGAAGUAGUAAUUUUAGGUAUUGAGUAGAAGAAACAAAGCAAACCGAUGAAAGCAAAGCGUGACUUAGUCUCCUUAAUGCGUGAAAAGUGCAGCACUUUCUGCCUGAUCUGAUUCUUCACCAUUAGCUGUGUGCUGGCAGAAAAAACAUUUACAGCUGCUACUAUUAACACAUUCUUCCCGAGUGAGGAGAACUAGACAGGUGUGGAGCAUCAUUUUCACUAAUGUCAACCAAAGAUGCACAGUAACAUGAGCAGAAUAUUUAUUAAUCAGCACAACUUGUCUUUAUCAUGGAUGCUGAGAAGCUGACUGUAUGCCAUCAGCUGAAUCAGCCCAAGGUCACAAACUUGAUGCUCUCUCCUCGUGGAAACACGCUUGUUACACUCGGUCCCUAUUUUGCACCUGACCGUGGUGGUGGGGAGCCCAACUUGCUAUUUUGGAAUGUGCAGACGGGGGCCAUAGUCAAGAGCUAUACCUUCAAGAAGUCAUACAACUGGGAACCCAAGUGGAGUGGGGAUGAUGAGGUCUGUGCUGUUUGUAUAAACAACGAGCUUCAUUUCUAUGAAAAAAACAAUUUUGAAAUACUGGCAAAUAAGCUGCACCUGCAGAAAGUAACUGGUUUCUGUAUGGCGGAAGGGACAGCACCUUACAUGGUCAGUGUGUACGUUGCUGGUGCAAAGGGUCAGCCAUCUUUUGUACGUGUAUAUCAGUAUCCAAAUUUUGGAGGACAAACUGCAGCUAUUGCCAACAAGAGUUUCUACAAAGCAGAUCGUGUACACAUGUACUGGAACAAAGCUGGUACAGGGCUGGUGAUCUUAACAUCCACAGAGAGUUCUGAUAGCUCUUACUACGGAGAGCAAGGUCUACAUUAUAUAGGUGUAGGUGCAGGGGAGAGCUGUCUUGUGCCUCUUGCAAAGAAUGGACCUGUCUACAGUGUGAUGUGGAGUCCGCUGAAUACGGAGUUCUGCGUUGUCUAUGGCUAUAUGCCAUCCAAAGCAACUCUUUUUAAUCUGAAAUGUGAACCUAUCUUUGACUUUGGCACUGGGCCACGAAACCACUGUUUCUACAAUCCACAUGGAAACAUAUUAUGCCUAAGUGGGUUUGGCAACCUUGCUGGUCAUGUAGAGUUCUGGGAUGUCAAACAGCAUAAACAGAUUUCCCAGUUCAAGGCGGCAGACACGACCAGCUUCUUGUGGUCUCCAGAUGGAGAACACAUUCUUACAGCCACCACUGCCCCACGACUUCGUGUGAAUAACGGGUACAAACUCUGGCACUACACUGGUAGUCUGCUGGCUACGGAGCCAGUAGCCUCAGGCAACGAGCUCUGGGAAGCCACCUGGCGGCCUGCCGCUUUUUCUGAGAAGCCAGUUCGCUACAAGCCAGCAGAACCAGGUCUUGCUAUGCCAGAAGCCCAGAAGACUGAGGCCUACAGACCUCCACAAGCAAGAGGAAGUGACUACAAGCCUUUACAGCUACACCAGUAUGAACCAGCAUCAAACCCUAAACAGCCACAGGCCACCAUAAUGGGCACAGACAAAGCAGUCAGCAAAAACAAAAAGAAACGCGAAGCCCGCAAAGCCAAGUCCAGCCAGGAGGGCGAAGCUAAAGAUCAAGCAAUACCUGACAUGACUCACCAUGCACCCUCUGAUGCCAGCAAUCCCACGCCUACCACUGGCAACCCUGAAGUUGAUAAGAAAAUUAGAAAUAUCAGAAAGAAACUCCAGCAGAUAGAAAAACUCAAGGAACAGUUGGCAGCUGGCAAGCAGCUAGAGGUGAACCAGAUGGAGAAGCUCAAAACAGAAGAUGCCCUUGUGAAAGAGCUUGAGGAUCUGGAGAUAGGAUGACGUGGGUGCUAAAGUAGUGUGUGUGUGUGAGAUGCCUGUGGCUGGGUGUGAAUAUGCAUGCCAUCAACAUGUGCCUGCUUGGACAGUAGAAAGAAGGAUAAUGCUACUCAUUAUCUACAUUUCCAGCUUCGCCAAAAAAAACAUCUUGUAAAAAUUCUCAAUCUAGGAUGGUAGGGGUGGUUUGGCAAGCAUGAAGACCUUUAGAGCUGUUGGACCCAUCAUUUAAAGCUAAGGGACUCUUUUUUUUUAAGUUUUGGUGUGAAACUUGGUUUCUAAAGAAAAAUAUUGUUUAUAGCUUCUUGUUUUAUGCGUGAGAGCAGGUUCAUGCAUUUAGAUGAGUGAUACACUUGAGGCAAUAGAAUGAUUGACGCUUUAUGCCAUUGAUUUUAAUAUUUCCCUUAAUGUAAACAACCAUUCUGUUUUUCCUGCUGUGAUAAUUGAUUCCAUCACACAGAAGCCAUGCCACUAACAAUACUUGGUUUGAUUUGAAUUUUAAAGUGUCAACCUCAUGCUGACCUUCAGUUUUGAUGUGUGGCUGGAAUUGGCUACUGAGAUUCAUGAACAGUGACUGGCUAUUCUGUGUGGAUGGGUGACAGAGCUAAUAUUAUCCAUGCUAUUUUUGAUUGAAAUUCUGGUUUUGUUUAAAAGCUGACGGUCAAAUCGUCAUUUGAGAUUUAAAUGCUCCAUUUAAGGUUACCCUUAAAAACAUGUCAAUUUCUGCAAUUCGAAAAACAGCAAAAAAUAUAUUAAAUAGUACAAAAGA